CGGGGCCGGGCCGGGCCGGGCCGAGCCGCGCCUAGGCCGAGCCUACGGGGCGGGCACAAAAGCGCCGCGCCCGGCCGCGCCGCCCGGGAGUAGCGCCGGCUCUCAGCGGCGAGCGGCGCCGGGACGGGCGGCAGCCCCGGGGCUCGCAGGAUGCCGCCGGCCGGGCGGCGGCGUGGGGCGCGAGUGCUGCUGUGGGUGGCCCUGUGGGUGGCCCUGGUACGCUGCUACAACGUGGACGUGGGUCGCCCCGUGGUUUUCCAGGGUCCCAGCGGUUCCUUCUUCGGGUACUCGGUGCUGGAGCACUACCACGACAGCACGCGGUGGGUCUUGGUUGGUGCUCCCAAGGCAGACUCUAAAUACAGCACCUCUGUUCAGUCCCCAGGAGCAGUGUUUAAAUGUCGAGUCCAUACCAAUCCUGACAGAAGGUGCACAGAACUGGAUAUGGGUCGAGGCAAUUCUCGGGGCAAGCUCUGUGGAAAGACCUGCAGAGAAGACAGAGAUGAUGAAUGGAUGGGUGUGAGCCUGGCUAGACAGCCGAAGGCUGGCGGAAGUGUGCUGGCAUGUGCGCACCGCUGGAAAAACAUCUACUAUGAGACAGAGUACAUUCUGCCCCAUGGCUUCUGCAACAUCAUUCCCCCCAACCUGCAGUCCGAUGGGAAGACACUCAUCCCCUGCUAUGAAGAAUACAAAAAGAAGUAUGGGGAGGAGCAUGGCUCGUGCCAGGCGGGGAUUGCAGGCUUCUUCACUGAGGAGCUGGUCAUCAUGGGGGCACCGGGAUCUUAUUAUUGGACAGGAACUGUCAAAGUACUGAAUCUCACUGACAACACAUAUUACAAGCUGAAUGAUGAUGCUGUGAUAGCCAGGCGGUACACGUACCUUGGAUAUGCGGUGACAGCGGGUCAUUUCUCUCAGCCAACUACCACGGACAUUGUAGGAGGAGCUCCCCAGGAUGGAGGCAUCGGAAAGGUUUAUAUUUUCAGAACAGACAGACGAUCAGGCUCUCUAAUAAGGAUUUUUCAGGCUUCGGGAAAAAAGAUGGGCUCUUACUUUGGCUCCUCCUUAUGUGCAGUUGACCUGAACUCUGACGGGUUGUCAGACCUGCUGGUCGGAGCACCUAUGUUUUCCGAGAUCAGAGAUGAGGGUCAAGUCACAGUCUAUAUCAACAGAGGAAACGGAGUGCUGGAAGAGCAGCUCAUCCUGGAUGGUGACGGCGCCUACAACGCGCACUUUGGGGAGAGCAUGGCCACCCUCGGCGAUAUCGAUGACGAUGGCUUCCCAGAUGUUGCCAUUGGAGCACCUAAGGAGGAUAACUACAUAGGAGCAGUGUACAUUUACCAUGGGGAUGCCAGUGGUAUUGUACCUCAGUACUCUAUGAAGCUGUCUGGGCAAACAAUAAACCCAAUGCUGCGGAUGUUCGGCCAGUCCAUAUCAGGGGGAGUCGAUAUGGAUGGCAAUGGUUAUCCAGAUAUGACCGUCGGAGCCUUCCUGUCAGACAAUGUGGUACUUCUGAGAUCCAGGCCUGUCAUUACUGUGGACAUCUCCAUUUUCCUGCCUGCAUCCAUCAAUAUCACAGCUCCUCAGUGCCAUGAUGGCUUGCAGCCAGUGAACUGCCUCAACGUCACAGCAUGCUUUCGCUUCAGUGGCAAGCGCGUUCCUGGAGAAAUAGGUUUGAAUUAUAACUUGACUGCUGAUGUGGCAAAGAAGGAAAAGAGCCAGCAACCCAGAGUUUACUUUGUGACUUCUGGAGAGACAGUGGGGCAGAUCACAGAGAAGUUACAACUGUCAUACAUGCAGGAAAAGUGCGAGCAUUACCUAGCGUAUGUCAAGAAAAGAGUCAAAGACGUCAUAUCUCCAAUUGUAUUUGAAGCUGCAUACAGCCUUGGCGAACAUGUGAUAGAAAGAGGAAAAGAGGACAAGGAACUGCCUGCUCUCAAGCCCAUUCUCCGCUGGAAGAAAGGACAAAAGAUAGCGCAAAGGAAUCAGACUGUUUUUGAGAGGAACUGUCAAUCUGAUGACUGUGCUGCUGAUUUGAAACUUCAGGGUAAAUUAUUGCUGUCUAGUGUUGAUGACAGAACUGCCUACCUGGCCUUGGGAGCAGUGAGGAACAUCUCUCUCAACAUUUCCAUCUCUAAUGUUGGGGAUGACGCCUAUGACACCAAUGUUUUCUUCAAUUUUUCUGGGGAGCUCUUCUUCAUCAAAAUGUGGCAAAAGGAGGAGCUGGGCAUUGCCUGUGAGUUGCUGGAGUCAGACUUCCUCAAGUGCAGCGUGGGAUUUCCUUUCAUGAGAUCGAAAUCUAGGUAUGAGUUCAGUGUGAUCUUCGACACAAGCCACUUGUCUGGGCAGGAAGAAACGCUUACCUUCCUCGUCACUGCACAAAGUGGAAAUCUAGAGCGCACUGAAUCUCUGCAUGAUAAUACUCUAACCCUGUCAGUGCCCCUGAUGCAUGAAGUAGACUCAUCUAUCAAUGGAGAAGUCUUCCCUACUUCAUUUUUCUACGGUGAUUCUGUGGAUGCAUCCAACUUCAUUCAGCUGGAAAACCACGAGUGCCUUUUCCAGUCUCUCAACUUCACACUGCAGGUUUACAAUGCUGGACCAAGCACUCUCCCUGGAGCUUUUCUUGACAUUUCAUUUCCAAACCGCCUCUCUGCCACUGGAGCCGAAAUACUUCACGUUCAGCAGAUGAUGGUUGGUCAGGACAAAGGAAGCUGUUCUUUUCAUAGAAACCCCAGCCCAUGCAUUGUUCCUCAAGAGAAUGAAAAUAUUUUCCACACAAUAUUUGCUUUUUUCACAAAGUCUGGCAGAAAAGUAUUGGACUGUGAAAGACCAGGCAGGUCCUGCUUAAUUAUACGCUGCAAUUUAAGCUCACUAGCAAAAGCAGAGUCCUGUGAUAUAAGUGUCUACACACUGCUGAAUACUGAGAUACUGAAGAAGGACACUUCAUCAGUCAUCCAGUUUGUCACAAGGGCACGGGUGCAGGUGGACCCUGACCUCAGAGUUGUGGAGGUGCCCAAUGGGAGCCCAGAAGAAAAACCAGUGGUCUUUGAGGCUUUGCACAAUCUGGAGCCUCGUGGGUAUGUUGUCGGAUGGAUCAUUGCCAUCAGUUUGCUAGUGGGAAUUCUCAUCUUCCUGUUGCUGGCUGUGCUCUUAUGGAAGAUGGGCUUCUUCCGCCGGAGGUACAAAGAAAUUAUUGAGGCCGAAAAGAGCAGAAAGGAGACCGAAGAUAGUUGGGACUGGGUCCAGAAAAAUCAGUGAACUGCUCGUAAAAACAAAAGCCCAGUCAUGUGACACGCGGUUGCUAUAGCCUGUAGGUCCUGCUCUCGUAUCUUCCAUAUGUGGAAGAAGGAAUCUUCUCCAGAUUUUUCGGAGACCCCAUUGAUGCUGUGUCUUUAUCACUCCAACAAGCUAGGGAACAUAUCCUGAGGCAACCACUGCAGCCAUGUCAGGUGACUGGAGCAAUUUACACUUCAUUUAAGAGCUGAACUUUGAACUUUGGUAACCAAGCUGCAGUGCAGGGCAAUAUUUAUGAAUCCAACUACGUGGUAUACCCUCAGGGGAAGACUGUUACCUAAAAAUAUUUUUUAUAAAUAUAAGCUUUUUAUAUUGAUUAUGUCUUUAUAUUUGUAUCAAUGUUUUAUAGUUUCUAUUGAAUAGUUAUAUAGUUCACUCAAGCACUGAUAUCUGGCUAAAUCCUUGGAAAUGCAUAUAUGUAUAUAUAAAUCCUAUUGUACUUUUAAACUUCAAUGCAAGAGAAAAAAGAGAGAUUUGCAGAUAAAAGUAGCUAAAAUCAUCAUACGCUUAAUUCACAAGGCUUGGUAAUACUGUAUAUAGACCAUUGAAUGGCAGAAGCCAGUUUUUUCACUCUGUAUUUUUUUGACUUGAAUUUGGUUUUUGAUUUAUAAACUAAAGAACCAAAAGUAUUACACAGAUGUGAUGUUCUGUAUCUGAGUCUGUCCUUUACUGUCCUGAAUGAGAGAGGAUGAAAAUGCUUCCUCGGUGACAUGUAGCAAGACUUGUAGCUUGCUUUGGCUCACUGAAGCAAGCAUCACAGAAUGUUUUCCUGUGGGAAUUUUUCUCUUGCAGUCUCCAGUACUUCAGUAAUGGUCUAGGACUGUACAAUUGAGAUACCGGAAGGAUAUAAUUGGGCCAGCCACUAUGCAUUGACAAAUUCCUUGGAAUGAAAAAAAAAAUAAAUACAUAAAGCCAUAUUAAUAUUAAUGUCAAGGAUAGUUAAGCUACUGUUAAUGAUUGUGAUCUGUUGCUAUCAAAGCAAGUGAUAAAUCCCUACAAGCUAUGAGUGUUAUGCCUGCCUUGUGAGUUUUAUACGAGUCAUGAGUCUGUUUAUAUGAUAAUUUUAAGCGAGAUAAGAAGAUGCAAGGCUUAAAAUGUAAUGUAAAGGCUUAAAAUGGAUCUUGAGAUUCCCUGUCUGGGUGUUCCAAGUACUGAAUGUCAUCCUUCCUCAAGCAUUAAGAAGGAAGUUUAGUCAAGGUGCCGACAUUACUGGAGCUCAGAUUGCCACUUUGUUUGCUGGUAAUUCGUUAGCAAAUAAUUUGUUGAAUUAGAAGAAACUUAGUUAUAAUUCAUUCAACCAUGUUUCUCCAAAAAGCUCUUUGAUUUCUGAACAGAAAUAAUGUAACUCUGUAAGACUUGGUUUUAGAUACUGCUUGUACUUUGCACCUUGUGUAAAUAAGAAGUAAAUGUCAUGUUGGUAUAAAAUCCAUGGAAGGGAAAGAAGGGUUGAACUCUGUGGUAGAAGGUGAAGGAGAAACAGGAACGAAUAGUUGCAGGAUGUCUCCUUCCAUAAGGGUAAGGUAAAAGAAUUGCUGGAAGUUUGGAAACUUGAAUGAAGAGAACAUGCAAGAAAUCUGCUUGAGAACAGGUCUUAUUCUUGCUCUUCCUUGCCUAACUCACUGCAGCUUCAAAUUUUAAAAAAUUAACCACAUCCAUAUUCCUGUUAGCUUCACCCCCCCCCCAUUCUGCCCCAGCAUUAAGUACCUGCUAUUACUACAGUAUUGAUCAAUAUUUAUUAACUUAACUUUCUGCACCCAUUAGGCAGAAGAUGUUUUUUAAGUGGGUGAAGUGUAUUGAUUCAACAUUUGACAAGAAAAGCUAUUAGUCUAUUCAGUUAUCUUUCUUAGAAUAAUCAUUGGUGAUUUGACAGAUUUUGUACAACAAAUGAUCAUUUAAGGCAGAAUCUGAAAAAAACUGCUGAGGUGAAAUCCUGUUACACCACAUAUAGUGGACUGCAGAUUUUUCAUCAGAGUGCAAAACCAAAAGGCUGAUGCCUUUGCACUGUUCUGACAUCAGUUUGCUUUGCUGGUAUUUAAACGUAAUAUAUCUAUUUCUUCCGUUGUUGAAAAAUACCUAAGACUGAAGAUAGAAGUUGUGCAUGAGAUUGAUUCACAGCUAUGGAUUGAAUAAGAAAUUGCUUAAAAUACUUGAUGAAAAAAAAGAAGUCCAUUUAUUUAGCUGUAAGAAUUUUUAGUAUCUGCCCACUCUAAAACUAAGCCUCCCCCCAAUUUAUUAAAAAUUAAAUCUGCUGAAAAAUUAAUUCAGGGGACAAGGGAAACUACUUGUGAAUUUAACCGAAUUUGAAAGUUUCCAUCCAAAAAGAGUAAAUUCCCUUUGAAAAGUUGAAAUGCCUCAUUUCCACUUUUUAAACAAAAAUUUACUUUCAGCUCUGCCAAAAAUGCUUUAUUACAAUAUUUUAAAAAUCAAGAUUAGUUAUUCCUUUGAAACAUCUUUUUAAAGUAUGUGAAGAAAAGAGUUAAAAAUACCCAUUUAGCAUUUCAAGUUGUGUUGGACAAUUUUUCUUUUUGGCUCAAGGCAAAAAUGUUUUUCUUAUUUGGUUAAAGUGAAAAACAAAUACAAGUAAAUCCCAUUUGAUUGAGCCCACACUGGACUUUUUUGAUCUCUGACUUGAAUUGUCUACUAUUGAUCCAGCACAAGUUGUCACUCAGUGAAAAUGUAGUUGUUGGCCAGCUUAGUGACAUAUUCCUGAACUAAUCCAUAAAUUCUUAGUUUCAUCACUGCUAGAUAUUCAGUAGUUCUGUUGUCACAGAUGCUUUUGUUUUUAUAGGUAUACUCUUCAUAAUUGUUUUUUCAAAUUUCGUUGUGGCUCUUGCUUGGUUCCAGUUAGAAUAGUCAGAUUUGGCAAUGAUACAUACCAGUACUUAGUAUUAAAAUCCUGUAGAUGCACCUUUCCAAUCCUUAAAAAGCAACAGAACAAGCCAAGCAAGAAAGAAACCUCACUAAUAUCAGUUGGUUGCAAUCAGUUUCUAACCCAAAAAUCUUAUGAAAAUGUAAUAUACUUCAAGAAUGUGUAGAAAUUAGCUGUGCUAUAGAUCUGCUGGUUUGGUUUUUUUUUAAUAAUAAAUCAUAAUAAAUGUAAUUGUAUCAAAAUCUAGAGACAUGGUUACUUCAGGAAAUUGCUUUGAGGACUCUGGAAGUUCCCAUCUGUCAGCUGCUUGUUAGUUCCUUUGUGCUGUACCGCUUGCGCAGCAGAGCUGGGGCAAGUCUUUGUGCCAGUUCUCUCCAGUUAACCUGUUGUGGGACAAAGUCAUCAAUUGUCUUAGACAACUUCAGUGAAGGGUUUACUGAAUUGGCAUUGCUUUUUCUUUUGCAGCGGGCUCGCCUUACAGUGGCUCUAAGCUAUGCAGGUGGAAGCAUUAGAAGUGGGGCAGUAAUGCUUUCAAACGCAUCAUCUGGCACCUGAGAGAUCUUUUGUUUAAGCCCUGAAGCUUGCAAUGUGCAGGGUGUCUUCUUAUGGAUAGUACCCUUGAAGUUGCUUCUAGGGUAGGGAGAAAAAAAUCUCUGAAAAAUAUGAUCGGGAAGAAAGGGGGAAAUUCACGUAAUGCAGAGCCCAUGCUGUUGCAACCCAUUUAAUUUCCAUCUUGACAUCAAACAGAUCACAGUCACUUCAGAGUUUUGGUGGCCCACAGCACGGGGAUAAAUUUCAAUUCCCAAGAGCUGAAAGCGUUUGCCACAUUUCUCAGCAUAUUUUGUGACUGUUUCAUUUGAAACCCAAGGGUCUGCUCUUGGAGGCGAACUUCCAUCAGUUCACCCCAAGCAACAGCAGGGCUAGUGUACCCUGAGGCUGUCACUAGUACACUCUGGUACUUGGCCAUUGUAGCUAACAAAAAUACCAGCUAUGUUUUUCAGAAUAAACCUAGUUUUAAAUUUGCUCAAAUACAAGGAGGAAGUCAGCAAACCGUAGAAAAUACUGGAGCAGCCUCUGAAUUGAAGUCACCUCACAAAUCACAUGGCUUAUCUGAGAGAGGAAUUGCGCUUGAUGUGAACCCGGAGCCUGUAAACCACUUAAGCAAUCCUUUCAUCUCAAAGUCGCAAAGGCUUUUGCAAUACCAAGUGUACCAGUGAGGACAACCCUCUCUGCUUUCAUACAUGAAUGGGAAGGACCCUACAUACAAGUCAGUGACGUGCAGGUGACUUGGCUUGCUGAAAGCAACAGUUGUGCAAAAAUUGUGUUUGGCAAUAUUUAGUAUUGACUUUCUUGAAUGUCUUCUGUUUAUGGGCACAUUUUGGAGUCUUGCACAAGUUCCAAGCAUAGUAUCCAUGUGGCAUGGGAAUAUAUAAUAUUGGUUUCACUAAAGGAUUAAGGGUGUUGUGGAACUAAUUUCUACCUUUGUCCAAGUUCAUCCAGUUGCUAGGGUUUCUUGGAUAAAAAUGAAAGUAGGAUUUGGUUCAUUUAGUGUACAUUGAUUAAACUGGCAUGAAGACUAUAAUUGCUUUUGGAGCAUGGUUUGCAUACGCCAUAGGGCACCCACACCAUUGUCACUCCUUUUUCUUUAGAAUGUCACUCCUUUUUUAUUGUAAAAUUGUAUGUUUCUUUUUGUGAACUUGUGGUUGGAAGAAUGUUUUCAUUCUUAUUGAUGUCACCUGUAUUUAGAAGCUUGUGUUCACCUGUAUUCUAAUUCACUUGCACUGUUUUGGAAAUGUCAGGUUUACAAAAAUACAACUUUUUGGAAUAAAAAGUGGCUGCAAAAUUAUGCUAAUAAUAUCAUUUUGUCACUUAUUGUCUUUGUCCAGCUCAAGUAUUUUUCCGUUAAUUGGAUGAGACAUUAUCCCAUGUAUGUUUGAAUUAAAUGGUACGUGCAUGUGUU